UUGAAGCCAAACUUGAUCAGAAGAGGAAGAUGGAAGCUCUGAAUAUUCUUCUCUGUCUGCUUCUAACUGCCUUUCAGGCAAAAACCACUUGGUCAUGGUCUUGGACAACAAAUGACUGGCUGGAUUCCACGGAAGAUACUUCAUAUGCCUAUUCAUGCAGGUAUAACUGUGGAUAUGACUUUGGCACUUGUUCAUGUAGUCACUCUUGUCAGUACUAUGGAAGCUGUUGCUAUGACUACAACAGAUACUGCUCAGCAACAACUGACUGGCCAGAAACAACAGCUUUACCCUCCUGCAGGUAUGAUUGUGGAUUCAACCUUGGCAGCUGCUCAUGCAACAACGACUGUCACUACUAUGGCAAUUGUUGCCCUGAUUACGACAGUUACUGCUCUACAACUGACUGGCCUGACUGGUUAACUACAACAGAUUUCCCGUCCUGCAGGUAUAAUUGUGGAUACUACGCUGGCAGCUGUUCAUGCACCAGCAACUGUCGUUAUAAUGGCAACUGUUGCCCUGACUAUGACAACUACUGUUCAUCAACAACUGAAAUUCCUGUAACCUGGGCCGAUACAACAGAAACAGGUCCCUCCUGCAUGUAUAACUGUGGAUACCAUUUUGGCAGCUGCUCAUGCAGCUAUGACUGUCAGUACUAUGGGAACUGUUGCUAUGACUUUCAUUGGUAUUGCCCAUCAUACACAACAACAGUUCCUCACCCUGAAUGUGGAGGACACCUGUAUGGUUCUGGGCUGUUUUCCAGUCCAAAUUACCCCAACUAUUACCAUGACAAUGCCUACUGUGUGUGGUAUCUCUCUGCUCAGCAAGGACAGAGGAUCUUCCUGACAUUUGCUGAUGUGCAAUUGGAGCGCUGCUGUAACUGUGACUACAUCACAGUAUACGAUGGCUCUUCCACUGGUCAUUCACAGCUGGGAAAGGUCUGCUUCAAUGACACAACACACCAGGUGUUUCACUCUUCUUCACGAUACUUGACUGUUGUCUUCAGGAGUGACUUCUCUGGUGUCAGCCAUGGUUUUAAGGCCCUAUUUACAAGCUCUCUGACUGAAGAUCAAGGUCGAGUGGAUUGUACCUCAGACAACAUGGUCAUUGUUAUUCAAAGGUCUUACCUGAAUUCACUCGGGCUGAGUGCAAAUGACCUUUAUGUGGACAACCAUCUUUGCAGACCCUCUGUUAGCAGUACUGAAGUUAUGUUCAGCUUCCCUCUCGACACAUGUGGGACUUCCAAAGAGAUGAUGAAUGGUUAUGUGUCCUACACCAACAAUGUACGGGGCUCUCAAAAUCAGUCAGGUGAAAUCACUCGUCAGUCACAGUUCCUGCUAAACGUGGGCUGCCGAAUGGAGCCAGACACCAUGGUGCAGAUACUUUACAGGGCCAGUGAGAUCAUCAGUGCCAACAUCACAGGAACGGGCCGCUUCAAUGCCAGCAUUGCCUUCUACACAUCCAGCAGUUUCUACCAGAAAAUUUAUGACUCUCCAUAUGAAGUGAAGCUGAAUCAGCUUCUGUAUGUUAAGGUUGAGCUAAACAGGCCUGACAACAGUCUGGAUCUCUUCCUGGACACCUGUGUAGCGUCUCCAAAUCCCAAUGACUUCAAAGAUCGCUCUUAUGACCUGCUGCGUAAUGGAUGUCCCAGAGACAACACAUAUUAUUCCUACACCAGCGGUCAGCACUAUUAUGCUCAGUUCAGUUUCCGAGCUUUCAAGUUCCUCCGGACUCAUGCCAAUGUGUACCUGCAGUGUAAGGUGAUCAUCUGCCCUGAUAACGAUUACAACUCUCGCUGCCGCCAAGGUUGCCACUUCCGUCGCAAGAGAUCCCUUGACAGCACCUACCACACCAAUACUGUGACGCUGGGGCCAAUCAAACUCAAAGGUCAGAGGCCACUAACAGGACAAAGGGAUGAUGUGAAAGAUUCAGAGAAUUCAAAGGAAUGAACUGGACAGGAUGCAUGAAGUGAUCAUCUGCUUGAUCAUCAACUUAAUCAUUACUAUUAAUUAAUCUUUAGUAACCACCCAGCAAAUUAAUUGAAAGACAAAUUGCAUUUCUGAAAUUCAAUAAAGCAUAUCUUAACAGCA